AUGGAUGAUAGGUCCCAAAAGUGUCUUGUUGGAAAGCCUCAAACACUAGUGGCUCAACCGUUGACUAAAAGAAAUAUUCAUUUAAAAUAUGGUCAAAAUCCUAAGUAUCCAUUAUUUGAUUGUGAGCUCAAACUAUCACUGUCAACGCCAACAAGAGCAGCAUCAAAUGGUGAUUUAUCAUUUUUUACUGGCCGUACAGUUGAAAACCACGCCUAUGCUCGACAUUAUGCAAAACGGAGUGUUCAAGAUUGUGAUGUCAUGGCUGUUGAUGGUUUUAUUACAUCUCCAAAGACCCUGAUCCAAACAAAUGUUCCGUGGCUUUAA